ACGGGGCCGCAACAAGCGGGCCGUACGCGCAAAUUGUACACUACACAUUGAUAUGCUUCUAUCGUAAAGGUGUUCCGAGUGAUCCACAUUCGAGAGAAAAAUUAGAGAGAGACUCGACGACAACGCGAUGAGUCAAUUUAUAUAAACUCUUACGAGUUAUUCGCUAUCUGCAGUGUAACAAUUGGGAUAUCAUUACCUUGAUUAUUUCACGAUCGACGUAUUUUAUCACAUGCGUAGACUGUUUAACUCAAUUAUUUUCGCAAUCCCCCGGCGCCCGGUAUUUCCUAUACCUAAUAUGUUACAUAUUAUAAUACCACACGAACGACGCUGGGGCAAUUCUCGCGCUUAGAUUUUCUCAAACAAAAUCACGAUCGUGAUUCAUUUAUAAUUAUCGCUGUUAAUUCGCCAGCAAUAAAUUAUGAGAUAAUUCGAUUCAUUCUCUAGGAAUUGAUUACAAUAAGGGCGAUACGUAUAUACACGGGAAUUCCAGUUUUUUUUCUAUUACCGUAUUUCAAUUUAAACAUUUUAAGGAAAAAGAUUCGUACCUAUUUCGUUGGUUUUAAUGCGCUUUAUUUAUGAAUUAUUCUUAAAAAUAUACUCCGAGGUUUUUUUCGUUUCGUUUUUUUGCCAUUGACGCUUGUAAUCAGCGUGUUGUGUUGUCAUUCAAUGUGGCCCGCCUCUUUAUUACCGAUAAGGUAGAACGUUUCGAAUUACGAGAUGCCAGGGUGCUGCUAUCUGGAUCUACGACGGGUUAGCUAACAAAUAAACUUCCGAUCGUCGUCGUCGUCGUCGUCGUCGUCGUCGUCGUCGUCGUCGUCGACUCGUCGAACUCCUCAAACGCAACGAACGAAAAAGUAUCGAGUCUGUGACGUCACAAAAGGGAAGAGGAGACGGUGGAAGUGGCAGCAGCAGCGGCGGCGGCGGCAGCAGCAGCAGCAGCAGUAGGAGGAGGAGGCGAUGAACGACGGAUGUUGAGAUCGAAUAAUGUCUGAUUAUUUUAAUUUAUUGUCUCUCCGUGCACAGUAAUGAACGUGUAUGUGAUUAUGGCGGUGUGAAGAGGACUUUUCCUUUUCUUGUUCACGUGCGUUUACGAGCCGGGUUUCAAUCGAAAGAAAACACGUGGGCUAAAAUUAAAUUGUCCGAAAAACUUGCGGGCCGCACUCAACGACAGUCCAAAGCGAGAAAAAAGGAUUAAAACGAGGAAAGAAGAGAGGAAAAUAUAUACCUACUGGGGGAAAAAAGAAUGACUUAUAAAAAAAAAAUAGAAUAAAGAGAGAAACAAGUGAGUCGUGUUGUGUUGUUGAACGGAGCCUGACCGAAGAAAUCAACUCUCGUAGUUUCGCAAAAUCAGCGGCGAAGAACGCUUGUAGAAAGUUUUUUUUUUUUAUUAUAAAGCGUAACGGGCCCCGGAGGACCUGGGUGACAAUGGCGAGUUCGAAAGUGGAAUGAUAGGAUGCAAGAAGGUAGCACCGCAGUGGCGCUAGCAAUGGUCACCCCUGGCUACGAUCAGGACCCUGCAAGCGGGGUAGCCGACUAUACGACACACCAAGACCAGGCUCAGUUUGAAGCGGACAAGAGAGCUGUCUACAAACAUCCAUUAUUUCCCUUAUUAGCGUUACUGUUUGAAAGAUGCGAGCAAGCAACGCAAAGCUCAGACAACUCUACGUCGGAAAGUUUCAACAUGGACAUUCAGGCGUUUGUCCAACACCAAGAAAGAGACCGAAAGCCGUUCCUAAUCAAUGACCCAGAGAUUGAUGGUCUGAUGAUCAAGGCCAUACAGGUGCUGCGAAUUCAUCUCCUGGAAUUGGAAAAAGUUCAGGAGUUGUGCAAAGACUUUUGCAACAGGUACAUAACGUGUCUGAAAGGCAAAAUGCAGAGCGAAAAUCUUUUACGCAGCGACUACAGUCAUCAGGGACACGACAUGGGUCCGUCGAGUGGCAGCAAUGGAAGCAGCCCGCUUCAGGUGCUGUCAUCUACAGGCAAUGAUGUUGAGCCGGGAGCUAACGGACUCGGAAUGAGCGGAGGAGAUUCACUGAUGGAGAGUAGUGCGGGUAUUUUGACGGUGCACGGUGAGGGGGGAAACGACCGUCCCUCCUCAACUCGAUCAUCAUCCGCCACACAGCACUCUAACAGAUCUAGCAGCCAGGACAACGAUGAUCCACCAUCGCCAUCGAUGGUCCAUGGAAGUACGCCCCUUUCACAGAUCGGGGCUCAUCCUAGCGCAUCUGCCAAUGACAUGUAUCUUGGACAAGAGGAUAUUGACACAGUGAUUACUGAAGACAGAAUAUAUUUGGAAGAAGUUGGAUACUGGGGUCUUCUUCCGUUGCAGCAACGUGAAAAUCAGUAUAUCGAUGUUGGCGAUGCUAGCGAUGAAAAGUAUUGUGAUGUUACUGUUGCAGGCUCCCCAUCCCCAGCACCGAGUGAAGAUGAAGAUGAUGGUUGUGGCACAACGAUUUCUGGUCACAGCGGCGGUCACAGUAGCGCUAGGAAAGGAAGACAGAAACGAGGAGUUCUACCCAAACAAGCCACCAGUAUUAUGCGAACUUGGCUUUUCCAACACUUAGUCCAUCCGUACCCAACGGAAGAUGAAAAACGUCAAAUAUCGAGUCAAACAAACCUAACACUUUUGCAAGUCAACAAUUGGUUCAUAAACGCCAGGCGUCGAAUCCUUCAACCGAUGCUAGACGGGGCAGCAGAGGCGAUACCUCGUGCUGGUAAACGACACAAAGUUGCUAAGCAUAUCGCGCAACAGCAACAACAAACGCAACAACAACAGCAACAACAACAAUCGGGCUGGCAGUCUGAAGAUUCAGGGAGUGACUCAGGUACCAGCGAUGGCGAAGUAGAUGUUGAUAGAACUAAGGAUGGCAAUGACAGUGACGAUGACGAUCUUCACUGACCUCUGUCGACCGAUAAACCGUUGACAUCUCCGCGGUACCUUCACACUCAGUUGCUCACUACAGUAUUAAGGCAUUCGACGUUAUAUUUUGCUUUGACUGUCCGAUACGUAAUCAUUCUCGCAAGUCAGGGACACGUGAUUCGAGUAUAUCAAGCUCUUCUAUUACCAUGAAUCCUAAUAUCGCAAUCAAUUUGUUAAUUGUUCACGGUUACUAGCGAUCCCAUAAUUAAUUUUCUCCUCGGUAUUGUUCAUUUUUAUUCUUCUCAAUUCGAAUCUUCCGAUUACUCUUAAGAUUCCUCCAUUGUUACCUAUGAAGAUUGUUGAUCCCAUAAACAUUUUGCCAUAUAAGAUUUAAAAAAAAAAAAAAAUACCAUGGUUUUUAGUUACAGUCUUUAUAUUCCGACGACAGUUAGGGAUAGACUGAUGAAUUUAUGUCACUGUAAGUUAACUCGUAAGUGUGCCAUCGAAGAGCGUGGUUAACUUGCGCACCUGUCUCGAAAACCAGCUCUGCAUCGUCGUCACGUAGCAAAGUGCUGUCCCUCCAUGAUAAUGAUAACUACUUAAAUUAAAAAUAUAUGAGUAUAUUUUUAAACUCUAAGUGUCGUCUCUGUGCGUGUACCACAGCUUGCGGGCUGGUACUGCUGUACAUAGUUAAUACAUACUAAACUAAAAAAGAAAACCUAUUACUAAGUGAUAAUGUUAAAUGAUAAUUAUUAGAAAUUCUUAACAAAGAUUCAAUAAAUAUUACGCUGCAUAACUGAAAAGACAUAACGACGUGACGACGCGCACACGCCAUGCAUAGAGAAUAGAGUUACACCGCUGUCUACAUAUGAUAAUUACGUUUCAAUAACCGUUAAAUUUGUGAAUUUCCACUUCGUUUCUUUCAUUUUAAUCCCGUACACGAAUAAACCUAUGCACGUAAUAUUUAUACCACGGAAAACAUUUCUGUACAGAUGUCUUUCUUUUCUCUUUUUUUUUUGUUCUCGUUAACGAAUAAUUCCAAAUGAGGUGGUGAUAGGUUGCGCUAAUAAUGUACCCCAAUUCGCUUUUGUGAAUCCUUGUAACUUACACGAUGAAUAUAUUUUGUUACUAUCGGCAGCACACUGCCAGGUGUUGUGCGUUUUUUGGCCUAUAAAAAUAUUUCACAAUGACCUUGUGUUUUUAUAAGGUGCGAAGCAAAGGUGUGAAACUUCUUAUAAAAUUCCAUACCUGUAUUUCGAUAAAAGAAACAAAAAAAAAUAAAUAAAUACUAAUAACACUAAUACUAAUAACAAGAAUAAUUAGCUCGUAAAUGUACUUAUAUAACUCGAACGCCAUCAUCAGUUGCAGACAGCACUAUAAGGUAUAGCUUGGUAUAAGGUUUACCGAAUAAUGUCGCAUCUUUGGUAAAAUUACAGCCGUGCAAUGAUAUUUUCUCAUUUACGGGAAAUUAUUAUUGCCAAUAGCAGUAAAUCUCGUACGAGGCUAUAUUAUAUAUAAAUAUAUAUACAUAUAUAUAUAUAUAUAUAUAUCUUAAUAAUAUUUUACAUUAAGAGAAAAAGAAAACUAGGAUAUAAGAGGUAGGUUGUAAGGCUGAACCACGUAUACGUAUGUGCUGCGGCACCAGACAACUGUGAUAACUCGGUGGGCGGUGCCCAGCCUCCUACUUCAUACUUGUAUACUGAAUACAUACUAAUUAAUAGUAAAUACUUAAAUUUAAGAACUCAACUAUAUAGUUCGAACAUACGCAACAAUAUUGAUCAAAUGUAUAUUUGAUUAUGACUCCAUUAUUUCAUCAAAACAACGCAUGUGCAUAGUUAUACAUAAUACACAAAUUUCUAAAAUACCUACCCACCUACCUACCUGUAUUGUGUAUGUACGGACCUUCAGGAUGAAUUCUCACGUCAGUUAUGCAAGUUAGCAUGGAAACGUGUAUAUUUCACUUUAUAUAUUUCACAAUUAUCACCGAGCUGAGGAUGGCUUAUUCGAUAAAGUAACGACAAUUAUGAUUGUUUUUUUUCCCCCCAACAAAAACCGCGGCAAUCGCACUUUCUCCGUACCCUUAAGUACAAAAGGGAUUAUAGCUAGUAAGGAAAAAGAGGAAAAAACCGCGGUAUCGCUACUUUAAUCGGAUGCCUCGAAUAAAUUAUACCUAUCUUGAGGAUUUCUCAAACACGUUUCGAGCAAGAAUUUUCAAUCAUUAUUUUGAAACUUCAAAGAGAUGCAAUUUAUGCUCGAUAAGUCAGACGUGUAAAAAGCACGAGUCAAUAUUUUUUAUUCGCGUCACCCAUCGAGUUUUUAUUUUUUGAACGGGUUAAAGUCGGAAACAAGUUUGAAAUGAAUGAAUUUUUUGUUGUUGGUUUGUGUUCUGUUCGAGUUAUUCGCGACAAUUUUUUUUCUGCAAUGAUUUGACUGUCAAUGAUACAUACAUUUUAACUCAUCUCGAUAAUGCUAAUGAAUAGUUGAUUUCAUAUCAGACAUUCCCCUGAUCUCGUUAAAGCUAUAAUUGUUUAAUCGUUGAUUUAACGUUGUUUAUAAAGGAUUAAAAUUUCGUAAUAAUGGUUGUCGUCAUGUUACUACGAUAAUGCAAACAAUUCAAGUUUUUAUAACCCGGGAGUUACUCUGGACCAUUCUGAGCUCAGUUAUUAAUGAAAAUUGAGAGCUACACGUGCUACAUACUAAACUGCAUCGCAUACUGAAACAAAAAAAAAAUGACUACUACUCUCUCAUGUACAUCUACGCUCUGUUAAUUAAGUUUAUUGAUAAUAAAUGCCAUCACGCUUGCAAAAAAAUA